AUGUCCGAGCCCGCCAAAACUUUCAACGGCUGGGUCGCCCAUGACGCCACAAACCCCCUCGAAUUCGGAAAAUUCACGCCAAAGCCAUUCACAGAAACAGACGUCGAAAUCAGCGUCACACACUGCGGUAUCUGCGGCACAGACGUACACACCCUCCGCUCGGGCUGGGCCCCAACCGACUACCCCUGCGUCGUGGGCCACGAAAUCAUCGGCAUAGUCGAGCGAAUUGGAUCCGGUGUACCGACACUCGCAUCAUCAACUGCGUCCCGCGAAAUCCGCAUCGGCGACCGCGUCGGCGUCGGUGCUCAGAGCGGAUCUUGUCUCAAAGCGGAUUGCGAGGCUUGCGCCGAUGGAGAGGAGAGCUAUUGUACUCGGAUGACGGGCACGUAUAAUGGGCGAUACAGCGAUAAGAGCAAAUCGUACGGCGGAUUCGCGGAGAAAUGGCGCGGCCCUGCGCAUUUCGUGUUCAAGAUCCCGGAUGCUUUGCCAUCGGCCGAGGCUGCGCCUUUACUAUGCGGCGGCGUGACGGUUUUCGCACCGCUGAAGAAAUACGGUGUUGGGCCAGGCAAGAAGGUUGGCAUCGUUGGUAUCGGAGGAUUGGGACAUAUCGGUAUUAUGUUUGCGAAGGCACUUGGCGCGGAUCAGGUCGUUGCUAUCUCGCGGUCUUCGAGUAAGAAGGCUGAUGCGGUGCAGGGUCUUGGUGCGGACGCGUUCAUCGCGACCAGCGAGGAGAAGGGGUGGGCAAAGAAAUAUUCUCGGACCCUGGAUGUGAUUAUUUCGACUGUUUCGGGACCGGAUAUGCCCCUUGGGUUGUAUCUGCGUUUAUUGAAGAGGGAUGGCGUCUUUGUGCAGGUUGGCGCGCCCGAGGAGCCGUUGCCGGCUCUCGCGGCUUUCUCGCUCAUUCAGAAGGGGGUCAAGGUCACUGGCUCGAAUAUUGGAUCGCCUGAGGAUAUUCGACAGAUGUUGAGCUUGGCGGCAGAGAAGAGGGUUUUGCCUUGGAUUCAGAAGAGGGAUAUGCGGGAUGUUAACGCUGCCCUGGUUGAUAUGCAUGAUGGCAAGGCGAGAUAUCGGUACGUGCUGCAGAAUGGGGGGAAGGAAGCUAAAUUGUAA